AUGGCGAGUCCGUGGAUUUGUGUGUCAUGUCGGACGCGAUUGCCGACUAUCAUUAAAGGWGCAAGAGGGGUAUCGCAGCAGGCCGCUCGACGACAAGGCUUUGGCGCCGUGCAGGAAACACAUGGACGCGAUGAGACAAUAGCAGGAAGAGGAGGGAAUGGGAAUGAGAACGGGAAUGUGAAUGGAAAUGAGAGUSGAAAUGGAAAUGGGAGCGGAGGGGUGAGAGGAAGAUAUUCCAGAAGGGAGAUUCCACCCGACUUGCUUCGUCCCGAGACGCUGUUGCACCAGUUGGAGGAGGAAAAGACGAGGGGUGGAGAGGCUCGUCGAGACCGAGUAGGCGUGAAGCUUUCCCCAAGUGGGAGGACAUUGCAACGGCGACAACACCUCCUCCCGCCCGCUCUGAUGCAGGUGACGGAAGCCUUCAUCGCCCACUCCACCCCAGACAAUCUCGCCCAAGCGUGGGAAAUCCUGUCGACCAAGCUUGCGCCCAGCCUCCGCCAGAUUCCCUUUCCUCCUCGUCGCAUCUGGAUGCGCACGCCGGCCGUGCAGCCCAAACUCCAUGAAUUCCGGACGCAGUGCACUAAAGAAUGGCUGCGCGCUCUCCAACACGGCGCCCUUUCCACCCACUCCCUCCCCUCCCCCUAUGAAAUCGUUUUGUUGAUCGAACAGCUGGGCUUCGGCAAACCCCUCUACUACCGUCCCACUCUUUGGGAAGUCGCGGCCGGCAUCCACGACCUUCGCGUCAUUCAUCCCCAUAUCGACCUGCAGCCCGCCCUGGACGAACUGAUGAAGUUGUGGAAGUUGUGCCACGUGGUCGCCAUCAGCCGCACUCGCACCAUGGACAAAGGGCAGCCGGUUCUCGAAAUGCCCACCGACUGGUCAUUCCUCCCUCCCUUGACCAUCUUCGCCACCCCUUCCUUCGCCCAUGACUUCCAUUCCAUCCUCAACACCUUGGUCCUCGUCGGCGGCAAGGAGAGUGAUCUGGACCCGAUCAAGCUGGACUAUGCCAGUCCAGCAUUGAUCACGCUGGACUUGUUGAGGACGACGCCGUGUAAGAUGGACGAUGGGACGGUGGGGGUAWGUGCUGAACUACCCGACUACAGUCCAUGGGUGAAGUUGAUGGAGUCGUUGUUGCGCUCCUCUUCUCUACAAGUCAUUCCGCCGUGUGUGGUCCACAGGAUGUUCGAUGUUGGCCAAGACUUGCGGGAACGGUAUGAGAGGUUACUGAGGAGGGUCGGUGUGAAAAUGGAUGUGCUGGAAGAUGCGAAGAGAAGGUCUGCCGAUCGCAAGGAGCGAAAGGAGCGUGCCGCUGUUUCAAAACCAGCUGUCGAGGCCGUGGAGGCUCCCCCGACAACAUCAACAUCUGAUCCAAUCACCACAUCCACACCUCUCCACACCUCUCAAAAUGCCCCUCGAGAUACACCACUAAAUAUAUCCCAAGGUACACCGCAACACCCGGACGAACCACCUCCCCGGGAAGAUGCUCCAGGGCCUACUCCUCACAUCAAGUUCACAACACGUCCCGACAACCCUGUCGUCGAAGACUUCGCCCUCCGACAGAUCAUUCGUUUGGGACGUGCAUUGGAGAAGAGUGAUGUCCACCAAACAGAGUUCAUCCGCAACAACAUUGCAUCAUUCGCAGCUUCCAACAAUCUCACCCCCACAGCUCUCCCAAUCGAAGUGUACGAGCACCUCAUGAUGGUCCUCUUCGCAUUGAAGCAUCCAAAAAGCGCUGUUGAUGUCUGGAAGAAGUUCAUUCAAGACGGAUAUGUUCCCACAGUCAAGACUUAUACCGUCUUGAUGCAGGGAGCAUCUCACGCUCAUGACGUAACGUCCAUGGAGAAAUUCUGGCAGGCGAUGCGGCAAAAACUCCAGCCGGACUCUCACGCGUGGUCUGCGAGGAUCAAUGGCCUGUUCAGAGCGAAGCUGCCCCAGAAAGGUCUUGCAGCUCUAAGCGAGAUGGGAAAAGAGUGGUAUACCGCCGCCCGCAAAGCAGAAGACCCUUCGGCAGGUCUUCCACCUUCUAAGAAGGCUAGUAAGGCGUCGCUUCCUUUGCCGCAACCUUCCCUCCCCUCUCUCCUCUUCAAAUACCCCGACUCCAUCAACGGAACUCCCCGUCCAGGACUAGUAGUAAUGAACACCGCCAUCGCUGCCCUGGCAUCCUCCUACCACGACGCCGAGAUACCCAAGGUCCUACACUGGGGCAGGACAUUUCAAAUCGAACCCGACCUCAUCACAUAUAAUGCCCUUCUCAACAUCUGCAUGCGCCAUUCCCGCAGCACAGAAGCCCUCUCUCUCCUCUCCCGAAUGCGAGAGAAAGGGAUCGAAGCAGACAGCACGACUUGGACCGUCCUCCUUACGUCUCUGUUUCAAUCCGGGUUCCUCGACGACCUAACGCAUGAAGCUCAAGGCAAGAAGGUCAUGGAAUUCAUCCGUUCCGUCGAACUAGACGGCCCCGCAGGAGAAGUACGGAGGAAGGGUGGGUUAGAUGUCAAGGGCUACGCCCUCAUCAUUGACCGUCUCCUCAAAGUCCACGAAAACACAGCUUCCGCGGCCGAGGUAUUGAGGUACAUGGUCCACGAAGCGAAACUUCGCCCAACCGCACAAAUCUACACCAUCCUCAUGACAUCCUACUUCUUCCCUCCCAACAACUCCCUUCCGGAUUGGUCCGCCAUCGACACAUUAUGGACUCAAAUCUCCACUCCCGAUUCCAACGGUUUCACCCCCGGUCUCGACCCCAUCUUCUUCGACCGCAUGGUCGAGGGAUAUGCUUAUCAUCACGAAAUUGUGGGCAUGAAACCCGCGAUGGACUUCUUGGCGCGGAUGAGUGAGAGGGGCAUGAAGCCUGGGUUCGGGACGCUAGAGGCUGUGGCGAGGAUGUUGAGUGCGAGAGGGGAAGGGGAGAUUUUGAAGAGGUUGGUGGGUGAGGUAAGGAAGCGCGUGGUGACUGGCGGCAGGGUUUGGCAGAGGCAGAGGGAAUUUUGGGAGUUUGUGGCGAGUACGGGCGUUGUUGGAUGGGAUGAGGUGGAUGAGUUGAUAGGGAAUGAUCCUAGGGGGAAGAGGGGAGGGGACAGGUGGAUGGAUUGA